AUGUUGAUAACUGUAACAGAAGCCUCCUCUUCUCUCCGCUUUCCGUCGCUUAACAACCGUCUCAUUCCAACAAAACCCUACCCCUCUCCCCGUCUCCUCCGUUCAUCUUCCCAUCAACCCAAUCUCUCCCUCCGUCUCCGUUCAUCCUCCUCCUCCAAUCUCUAUACCAGCUCUGACCUAGCGAAUUUCGAUCCUCUAGGCAUUAAUCCAGAUUCAUCUUCAUCUUCUACUUGGAGAAAUCUCCUCACUAUCUUCCAAACCUCUUCGGAAAAAGAUAAACCUCGAGGCGUAGCAGCUGCAAUUGAGGAUAGUUCAAUUGAUUUUGGUGAUUUCUUUAAUGGUCCACUGCCUGGGAAGUUUCUCAAGCUUUUAGGGUUUCUUGCAUUGUCGAGGCUCGGUGUGUAUAUACCUCUGGGUGGAGUUAAUAGAGACGCUUUUCUCGGAAAUUUGGAUCAGAACUCUUUGUUAUCUACUUUGGAUUCGUUUUCUGGUGGAGGUAUUGGUAGACUUGGAAUAUGCUCUCUUGGCAUUGUUCCGUUCAUCAAUGCGCAGAUUGUUUUUCAGCUUCUUGCUCAAGUGUAUCCCAAAUUGCAAGAUCUUCAGAAGAAAGAAGGUGAGGCGGGAAGAAAGAAGCUUCUUCAGUAUACUCGAUAUGCUUCCGUUGGAUUUGCUAUUGUACAGGCUAUUGGCCAAGUUCUUUUUCUGCGGCCCUAUGUGAAUGAUUUUACUACUGAGUGGGCGCUUACUUCUGUUGUCUUACUCACACUUGGCGCUGUCUUUACGACAUACAUUGGGGAACAAAUUACCGAGCUCAAACUUGGGAAUGGUACCUCUCUUUUGAUAUUCACAAACAUUAUAUCGUACUUGCCAGCUUCUUUUGGUCGCACAUUUUCACAGGCGUUUAGUGAUGCUAACUAUGUUGGACUUGUUACCAUCGUUGUCUCUUUCUUUCUGUUGGUACUUGGUAUUGUCUAUGUUCAGGAAGCAGAGAGAAAAAUUCCUAUUAAUUAUGCUUCUAGAUUCACCAGCAGAAGUGGUGGACUUGAAAAAUCUGCUUACCUUCCGUUUAAGGUAAAUAGUUCUGGGGUAAUGCCUAUCAUCUUUUCUACAUCAUCAUUAGCUCUUCCUGGUACUUUAGCACGCUUCACUGGUUUAAAAUCACUAAAAACUGCUGCAGUUGCUUUGAAUCCGGGAGGCUCCUUCUAUCUUCCAUUUAACAUACUGUUGAUAGCCUUCUUCAACUACUAUUAUACUUUCCUACAACUGGAUCCUGAUGAUGUGAGCGAACAAUUGAAACGCCAAGGUGCUUCAAUUCCACUUGUCAGGCCAGGCAAAAGUACAGCUACAUUUAUUAAAACAGUUCUUAGUCGAAUAUCAGUUCUGGGUUCAACAUUUUUGGCAAUCUUGGCUGCUGGACCUGCAGUUGUUGAGCAGGCUGCACACUUGACUGCAUUCCGGGGAUUUGCUGGAACAUCUAUUCUUAUUCUUGUUGGUUGUGCAACAGACACGGCAAGAAAAGUUCGAGCUGAGAUUAUAUCCCAGAAGUACAAAAACAUAGAGUUAUAUGAUUUUGAUAAGUAUUGA